AUGUCCGAUAAUAAAGAAACCAAGCUUGUGGAGGAUUAUAGUAGACAUGACGAGUGUUUCGAAGAUCCUCCGCCUGCACACUCAUCAGCGCGCAAUUCGUGUGUAUCCUCCGAAAUCUCGCUCUUCACGAUUGAGCCGGACUUUGCUUUCAAAUUCACGAACGAUUCUCGCGACUUAGAAAACUACUGUGCUGCUGCUGAAGACGAGAAAUUUAGUCUCAACCCAGACCUUGCAGCACGGACAUCUGCUUUCAUUCAGGCCUUUAUGCGACCAAAAGCGCAGGCACGAUUAGUGAGCGUGGGCUUGGACGAAAAGGAGCCUCAACAUACUGGGCAGAUUAACCAGACACGGGAGAAUGUCACGCCUCCACCUUUGGACAUUGUGCUGAUGGUUGUUGAAGAGAGUAUAAGACCUUUUAUAGCUGUGGCAAAGCAACUUUCAAGAGACUCGCAUCGAGUUCGAAUUGCUGCGGCUGCAUCUUGCGAAUACUUGGUCAGAAGUCAGGGUCUUGAUUUCUUCGCCAUAACUUAUGACCAUGAGCUACCCCUAUCCAUGCAUAACAUGGGUGAUGCCCAUCCUUCAGAUGAGGCUCAGGCUCGGCUUCAAUAUAUGAGGAGAGGGGACCGCCGACCGUUUCUAGCAGACGCGAUCAUUGCAAAUCCUAUGGCUCGUGCCCACAUCCACUGUGCUGAACGACUUUCAAUCCCUCUUCAUAUCAUGUCCGCCUUGCCUCAAACCCCGACAAGAGCAUUUGCACAUCCACAUGCCCGGAUAAACCCAUACGAUGGCGUCGACCAAUCUACUUCAAACGUGCUUUCUUAUGCGUUAGUUGAGGAAUCGACGUGGAAUGUGCUAACAUGUAGUUCAUUACUUUCGGACAGUAUACUCAAGCCCAUCAACAAAUUUCGACAACAGAUUCUGGGCUUGAUGAGAAUAUCUCCGGUUACAGCGGCAAGGCUCAUGGCUGAUCACGAACUUCCUCACACGUAUUUCUGUUCAAAGGUUUUAGUUCCGCGGCCAAAUGACUGGAGUAGUAACCACGGUAGGUCUUAUUGCUGCUAUAGACCCUUGAAGACUAGCAUGAAGGACAUAUACCGUCUGGUGCUGAUAAUCCAAGAUGCUAUUUUGAAGAAGGGAUACCGUGUCCUACUUUCCAGGGACUGUAGACGCCUUGGUGAGCUAUUGAACAGUACCAACGUGCUCAUCAUUGAGUCUGUUCCGCUUGAGUGGUUACUUCCGAGAGUGGCUGUUGUAAUACACAAUGGAAGCCCAUCCAGCACACAAUUGGCUCUACAGUACGGAAAGCCAAGUGUGAUCAUCGCCACAACAGAAAAUCAUCUGUCAACUGCACAUACAAUUGCCAAAAUCGGAGCCGGCGCUUCGCCACUGAUGAGCAGAACGCUUACCUCUGAAGGCCUGGCGCAGGCAAUAGCAUUUGGUCUCCGUACAGAUGUUCAACAGUCAACUCAAGCCAUUAAGCGACAAGUGGAUGAAGAGGCAGGACUCGAAAAUGCUAUUCGAUCCUUUUAUCGCUCUUUGCCUUCUCAAGUACAGACAUGCGGUAUCACUAAACACGAUCUAGCCAUGUACCAGAUUUGGAACAGGCCAUCGCUCGUGAUAUCAACCGAGGCAGCUGCAGUUCUAGUACAGGAGAGCCGGAUCAAAAUCACUGAUAUCGUGCUGAUCAACCGUUGCAUCUACAAAUUACAAGCCGAGAGCUCCGCCUCUUAUGAUGGUACAGCUAAGGAAUACUGGAAUGGAUUCGCCAAUGCGGCAAAGGAUAUAGUAACCGCUUCGGACCUUGUUAGCAUGAUUUCAGGUCGUCAAAAGGAGAGCUCGACAGACGAGGAGAGGAAAGUUAAACGGAGUGUCGCUCGUGAUGUUGGUGUUAGGACCGCAAAAUUCUUUGGACACAUUGCCUUGUUGCCAUUCACGAUGAACACCGUCACAUACGGAGUCAAAAGCGUCAAGAAGCACCAGGCACAAGGCGAGAAACGUGAAGACACGGAUAUCGCGGCGACUUAUGAUAUCGCUGGCGAUGAUGAAUGUGAUGCAGCUGCUUCCAAAUAUCCUGGCUUUGGCCCUUCGCGAGAAGGGGCGGAUCCAACAAAACAGGCAUGGCAGAGAGGAUCCUCGCAGAUUGGCAUCACGGCAGAUGCUGAGACUAGGACAGGUUCAAGCGCGACCCCGACAGCGAACCAAAUACAGCUCAAGAAUGAGGAGCACGUUGAAGCUAUUUGCCGGCGACAUCUGGACCGUGGUUUUAAGAGUCCUAAGGUAGCUGAUACAGCAUUCAGAGAGAGGGUUCUUUCUGCCUUUGAAAACGGAGUCAUGUAAAUGAACUAGGCUUUAUCCAUAAUGGAAAUUUAUACCACCCAAGCCUUACUGAGAUAGCAACCGCAAAGAG